GGGGGUUUUCUCAGAAGUGUCAGCAGGUGAAAAUAUCAAAUAAAUAAAUUGUUAUAGCAGUUUAAUAAAUAAAAAUAAUUCCAUAACAUUAAUUUUAUAAAUAAAAUUAUGAACAUUUAAAUAUUUGACAAAAGUAAUAAUGCAAACGUGAAGCCAUAAGUCUCAAAUAGUUCUGAUCCAAAUUUCAAGUUAAAAUCACAAAAAAUUAGGUUUGUGUCACACUUGUAGUUGUUUUACCAACAACGGCCACUAGGUGUCAACGGAUUGCUGCAUACUCUUGUCACAAGUUAAUAAAUCACAGUCACUGCAUUAUAACUGCAAAAAGGUUCUUAAAUAUGGAAACUACAUUCUUAGAGCUUUUCAACAUUAAAUAGUUUGUCAACAUUUUUGAAGAUUUAUAAUAUAAUACAGUAUUAUGAAUAUAUAAUAAUUAAUAUGCAUUCCUAUGGGGGGGAUCAUGUAACAAAAACCGGUCAUUACUUUAUUUCUUUAUUUACAUCUACCAUCAGAUGACUUUGAAAUAUGAAAACUACAUUCUGAGAGCUUUUUAGUGAUAUAUAGUUUGUCAUGAUAUUUUUAGGUUUAGAUAGGGGUUUAGUGUUGUUAUUAUUAUGUAAAAACAAAUUUGGCCUACUUGUGGCCUCGUGACAUUUUAGAAACUGACACUCACUACGUCAUAAUUAUCCCAAAAUGGUGAUGAAAUAUGAAAACUAUACACUUGGAGUUUUCAACAAUAUAUAGUUUGUCAAGAUUGUUUAGGUUUAGAACAGGGUAUUAGUGCUAUACAUAAAACAAAUUGAUUUCACCAAUAAAUUACAACCCUACAUGUUGGGUUCUUCCCUUUUGGACCCAACGCUGGCAUCAUUUUUUUUUUAUUUAAUAACCCAGAACUAAGAUUUUACAAAGCAAUGCCUCUUCCACCGAGCUAUUGUUACACUAAUAUUGUGCAGUCUAGGGUAGAAAUGCAUCCAGGGCCUUUAAUGCACCUUGCAACUGUACUGACAUUUAUCCAGAUUAAAAGCGGUAGUUUAUUGCAACCACACCACCGUCUAACAAAACUCGCACACAAACGUCUUCUCAGAUAACCUGCCAAUGUCAUAAUCUUGUCCUUGUUGCUUGUGGCCGAUUAUCUUGAUCACACCCAGAAUUGCCCCCCCCCCCUUUGGUCACGUGACCCAUCCACAAAGGGUCCAGUCAUUUCCCACUUAUCUAAAAGUGUUCAAAAGAAAAAAAUCUGUUUUAAGACAAAAAGAAAACAAGAGAGAUUGUAAAGAUAAGACUUGAGGGAUAAUUAACAGCUAAUUCAGACUUGACCAACGCACACUGUCAUACCCCAUCAUUCAUUGGUUGUCAGAAAGGGAGGAGGUACAUCUGUAUGAGGUUAUACGUUUGAUGUGCGUGGUCUUAUACCCGAGGACCGUUAUAUAAACGAUGUGCUUCAAAGCAACCUUUCACAGUACUUUUGAGCGCAAUAAUGAGUCCAUGCAUCUUCUCAAUUUUGGUCAUUUUGUGGCCAGUUAUGGCUGUGAAGAUGGCCAGCUUGGAGAGCGUUCGUCCUGGACCACAGGUGCUCCAGGCCUUACACUGUCCAUCUUGUGAACGCAUUCAUUGCUCUCCUCGUAAAGCGCUGAAGCUCCAGUGUGGAGGUGGCAUCACCACGGGGAUUUGUGGUUGUUGCCCAGCCUGUGCCAAACUUGAAGGAGAAACCUGCGGAGGGACGUGGGACUAUCUGGGAAAAUGCGACGAAGGUCUGGUGUGCGUUUUCCAAGAAGGUGAAGAGGGCAAACCAGAAGUGGAACGCAAGGGAACCUGCAAAUCAGUGCUUGAAGUUCUCAAUACGAAUUCUUGUCGACCCGACUGCACAUGGGAAUACUGCCAGGCGAACCCCAAUGAGAUCUGCUCUGCAAGGUCUGUGUCAAUGGAAAAGCGUGAAUGCGGAGGUUACUGCCAGCACACGACGUGCUCCAGCUGUCUGAUUCUCAGACCUCCGUCAUGUCCUCAGUCCUGUUCCCCAACAGAUCACGUCUGUCUCCAUCGCUUCGGAAGAUGUGUACGCGGUCACCUGGCUGAGGAGAAACACCCUUCAAUCUGCCACCAGAAUCUACAGAGUGAAUCUGAGGGAUUCUUUGUGUGUUUGGCACCUGCCUGUCCAAAAACAGCCAACUGACUUACCUGUUGAGAAACUCAAGAUAAUGUGAUCCAGUCGUAAAAUGUAGCAUUAAAGGCAGCUGUUUGUUUUAAUACAUUUUAAUCAUCAUUACUAAAAAUUUUUUAAACGUUUUUUAAAUGAAUGUUUGUUAUACAUGUUAUACAAUUAUACAUUUGUAAAGCUUUUGUAAAUUUUGUUUAUAAAAUACAAAGUGAUGUCUAUCUUUGAACAA